CGAAACCGGGGGAAUUCUAUUAACAUCUGUCAGGAGAAGAGGGCUUGUUUUGGGUUUCGCCUCAGCCUCUCUCUAACAGUUUGUCGUUUUUUUGAUCUUUGUACCAUCGUUGGGCUCCACCACCCACAUACCAAAAUCCUCAACACCACAUUUCAUCCCCAGUUACUUCUUACCGAUGCCUUCACAACUCGACGACAUGUCCGCACCCAAGUCUGCCGGUUCCGCUUUGGAUCUUCUCUCCACCAGGUUACCGUCCCAAAUGACCCUCGACGAUCCUUCCCGUCGGAUAACACCCAAUGCUCCACUGCGCUCCGCACCACCCACAGCCAAUACCGCUCAUUCGCUCUUCAGGUAUCCUCCCAAUGACGAGGACCAUGCUGUACCAGAUACCGCCAGUGACCAUCAUCACCCUCACGCACGACCACCACUGUCGACUGCGUCAAAAUCACACAGCGUCAAUAGUUCACCGAGCAUUGUUCAGCAUGCAACGACCAAUGCGUCGCCUUCACCACCACAACCCGUGAGAACACGACUCCAUAACAAAGUCAAGAAAAACCUGUGUUCGCCCGUGUCGCCACGCAAUGCAUCCUCAUCACUGUCCAAUGAUACCAAGGUCAACGGUGGCACCAAGGUGAAUCCGGUGCACAAAUUGGCCAAGAAAGUGUCAGAGACGCUGAGUCCCGUCCAUACGAACCCUCACGGUCACGCUUCCAGUGGUGCCAUGAAUAAAGCGAUCAAAAAUGCGACGUGCGUCACCGUAGAAGAGCUGGGAAGAAUGCUUCAACACGCGAGCACCGCACCACUGUUGAUCGAUAUGCGCGAUUUAGCCGAGUUUGAAAAAGCACGGAUUUCCCAUUCCAUCAAUGUAAAUCUACCUUCGCUCCUGAUCAAACGGUAUCGACGAGGCACCAUCUCGCAUUUCAAUUUGGAAAGCUUUAUUACCACACCAGAGGGAGUCGAUUACUACUUGCGAUGGAUGGACCAACACGGCUCGCAAACCUCGGUUCAGAAAGUGAUGGUGUACGACCAUGCCAUGUCAGAACAGGAUACAUCAUCCGAUGCGUGGACACUGAUUGGUGUGUUGGAUAAAUCGUUUUCGGACACGAAACAGAACUUGCGUGUAUGCUGGCUUCAGGAUGGGUUCAAAAAGUUCCAAGAGUGGCCACAUGCCGACGAGCUGAUGGUCGGCACCUUAUACCACCGAUUAGAUACCCCAUUCCAAAAUCUUUCAGAUACCCACAGCCCGGACUGGAUGGAAAGCGAUCUCACCAAGACCCCCGCCCCUGUACGCUCUCUCAGUCGUGGUACCCAACUGUCCAUGCCUACCCCGAUGCUAUCACGCAGUGCCACCACCGCAUCCAUUCCUUCCAUCAAAACAGGCACCAACGUCCAACGUCGGGCCAGUCUAUUUACAUUGGAUACCAGCAAUGUCCGGAAAAACAAGUACUUUUCAGGCUCUCAACGUCGGAACGAUGUAAAGUCGAAAUUAGGUACCGUCAAACCGGAUAAAGCCGGGCUACUAAGUAUUCCAGAAGGAACCGAUCGAACGCAAGGAUCGUCGAACUCAUCUUUGCCAUCGCCGCAUCCGUUGGCCAAAACGCAUGAUGUACCUGCCACACCCAUCGAUCCACCCUCAUCUCACAUACCAAGCACACCGAUGCCGGAAGAAGUUACCCCCGCCACCGAAAAUGAAUAUGCGUUUAUCAUCUCUGAGAUUGUUCCCGGCUUUCUAUACCUUGGACCUGAAAUCGCGACGACCGAUCAAUUGAAAGCGUUGAAAUUGCGAUCCAUUCGACGGAUCCUGAACAUGGCAGAGGAAUGCGAUGACGACGUUCCCGGGCUCAAAGAAGCGUUUAAAUACACAAAAGUAUCCGCACGCGACACCGUGGAAAUGCGCAAUGUAUACGAAACUCUGCAUACAGCCGUGCGAGUCAUUGAGGAUGCAAAAGGGGCCCAUGAGCCGAUUUACGUGCAUUGCAAGGCGGGAAAAUCGCGAUCGGUGGCGGUGAUUUUGGCGUAUUUGAUCUUGGUGGAAAAAUGGACGUUGAAGCGUGCGUACCGACAUAUUAUCAAAUCGCGGCCAAACGCAUCGCCUAAUAUUGGAUUUGUGGUGGAAUUGAUGAAAUUGGAAGAAAGUGUUCAUGGACAAGUGAGCAACUUUGCAGGAUCGGAUUGGCAUAUCAUUGAUCUAUCCAAUCCACCGAGUCCCGAUUCACAGCGCGAAAUCCGAAAGCUACAGACGGCGUGGAAAAAGGGAUCCUCAUCCACCGCCACCACCAGCUCUUCUCCAAAAACCAGUCCGUGGUUACGUCCCCAGACCGAGAAAAAGUCAUCGGAUGCUCUCCCAGAUAGUUGAAGCCAAUCGCUUUCAUAACUCUUGAUCUCCUUUAUGCGAUUGUUCCGACCAUCCUAUUCCCAUCCACAAUUUCCUUCAUUGCUUUGUUUUGUUACCCUUACUAUUACUAUUUAUUCACCCUUUCCUUCUUGUAUCAUUCCUUUAUUUCCAAGAUUACUGCUCCCAAAUGUGUGUUCCAUGAUCCGUAUCAGCGCCUAUUGUGAUGGAUACUAUAUCAUUCCCCAUCCACAGGCACACCUUUCUGUAAUAGAUAUUAUCCAUUUAUCACGGCCGAUCCAGCUUGUCAAAUCGCGUUACACACAAAUUUAGACUAAAUUGUUUUCAACGGUUGUUUUCUGGAAUAGCACUGUAGUUCAUUCGCCAAGC